AUGUCGGGACAGGGCCACGGAAAGCUGGCGUACGCGGGCGCCGAACCGAGCCACAUACCUCUCCGGAACACCUUCCAUUUCAUCUUUGACCAGCCGUUCAAGAGCCAGAACGACUGGACGCCAGCCUCACAAGUCGUCCCGCGCAUCGAGGAGGACCGCAAGAUCUUUGUCGAGGACAAGUCAGGCAAGUCGACCGCCAUCGCGGCUGCUGCUUGGGAUCCAGACCGCGCCCUCACCUACGCGCAGAUCAAGCAGGAUGCGCUGGCCCUGGCCGCGGGCCUGCACGCCCUGGGCCUGAACCCCAACGAGACGCACACGCUGCCCCCGACGCCGACGUGCGCCGAGCCGACCAUCGCGCCCGUCGUCCUCAUCCAGCUGCCCAACUGCCUGCCCUUCGCGCCGGCCGUCUUCGGCGUGCUGGCCUCGGGCCUGACGGCCACCCUCGUGUCCCCGGCGCUGACGAGCGACGAGGUCUCGUGGAUCCUGCAGAACGCGCGGCCGCGCGUCAUCAUCACGGCCAAGGCCUGCCUCGACAACAUGCGCGAGGCCCUGCGCGGCCAGGCCGACACCGAGUUCUUCAAGAAGAUCCCCAUCUUUGUCGUCGACGUCAACCACGACACCUACCCGCAGGUCUCGUCGUCUGAUGGCGGCAGCAGCAGCACCACCAGCGCGGUCCACGGCCAGUUCGACUGGAAGGAGCUGCUCCUCUCGACGCCCGCGCCGCCGGCCGAGGCGUCGGUGAUGCCGCCCGAGACGGCCAAGUCGCGCACCGCCGUCAUCCUCUGGUCCUCGGGCACGUCGGGCCGGUCCAAGGGCGUGCUCAUCUCGCACAACGCGCUCAACUUCUCGGUCGCGUCGCUGUGGCACGACGCCGACUACUACCGCGGGCAGCGCCAGAGCUGGCUCGGCUACGUGCCCUUCUACCACGUCUUCGGCCUCUGCAACCUCUUCCUGCUCGGCGCCGCCGCCGGGUCGACCGUCUGGACCAUGUCGCAGUUCAGCCUGCCGGCCAUGCUCGAGGCCGUGCCCCGCCGCCGCGUGACCAUGCUGCACAUGGCGCCGCCCAUCGCCGUCAUGCUGGCCAAGAGCCCGCUCGUCGAGCCCUACGCCAAGAAGGGCGCCUUCAAGUCGGUCGUGUGCGGCAUGACGGGCGGCGCCCCGCUCGGCCACGAGGUCGUCGUCCAGGUGCACCGCCGCCUCGGGUUCCGCGUGCGCCUCGGCUACGGCCUGUCCGAGGCGUGCAGCACGACGCUGCAGCCGGGCACGACCGAGGCCGACAUGGACGCGCACGCCGGCGACAGCGGCCGCCCGCACUGGGGCGUCGAGGUCAUGAUCGCCGCCGAGGAGCAGAGCAGCGACGGCAAGGGCGUCGUCUACGCCGCGGCCGCCGACACCCCCGGCGAGAUCCUCGUGCGGUCCCCGGGCCUCAUGACGGCGUACCUGCCCUUCGGCGGGCUCGAGCCCGGCGCGAGGCCCGACAUGGCGACGAGCAGGGAGGCGCUGACGCGCGACGGGUGGUUCAAGACGGGCGACGUGGGUACUAUUGAUGGCGGCGGCUACCUGCGCAUCACGGACCGGCUCAAGGAGCUGAUCAAGGUGCGCGCGUACCAGGUCGCGCCCGCCGAGCUCGAGGCCGUGCUCAACUCGUGCGACGGCUGCGCCGACGCGGGCGUCGUGGGCAUCUACGACGACGACGAGGCGACCGAGUGGCCGCGCGCGUUCGUGGUGCCCGCCGCCGGCCGCGGCCGGGACGACGAGUCGCUGCGCAAGCUGGCCGAGGAGCUCCGGCUCGUGGUCGAGAAGCGCACGGCGCGGUACAAGUGGCUCAAGGGCGGCAUCGUCUUCGUCGACGCCAUCCCCAAGUCGCCGAGCGGCAAGAUCCUGAGGCGGGUGAUGCGGGACGGCAAGGUGCACGGCAGGGAGUUUAUGGUCUACCAGAAGAAGAGGCGGGAUGCUAAGCUGUAG